CUUACUGGCCUGCAUUCAGGCUAUUGUGUGUUGCUGCAAUAACUGGUUUAGUAGCGGGUGAAGCUUUCCUCGUUGAGUUCUACGUUUCAGUGCUUGAAAAGUUUCCUUAUUAUUCAUUACACUUAUGUUUGAUAAUCUUUGUAACGUUACACGUAAGUGUAAAUUUAACUAAGAUGUAACUAAAUUUCACUAAACUGUCCGUUAAUAUUUACUUUCCGUUAGUGCAAUUGUCUGUUCUCAUCUAGAACCUCAAACUGUUUACAUCCAGCCCGAGUUGGCAUCUUCAAGUACGGGAACAGGGAUGGAGUCACUUCUUCUAGAUGCGGUAGAAGAGGUCACAAAGUAUCUAACUCCACAAGAACUAUCAGCGUGUUGUGCCGUCAGUGUGGACUGGAGAGAUGCCUUCAACCAGGACAGUCUGUGGAGGCCACACUGUAACAAGGACACGGCAGAGUACCUGGAGACGGCGGAGUGUAGAGUGGAGCCGAGGUUCGAGUCCCCGGAGUCGGAGCACAGCACGCUGAGUCCUGUCUGUCGCUGGAGGAUGUGUUACAUGCGUGAGAUCCACCUGCGGAACAACUGGAGACAAUGGAAUUACGUGAAAGAAAUAAUAAAGAUUGAUUGGGAAAUAGAGAGUGAUUUUAAUAGUUUUGUUUCAAACGAUUUCGUCAUAAUUUCAAACAAACAAGAGGUUACUUUGUGGAACGUCAAAGACUCUCCUGUACGUAUGGGAAAUCCGUUUAGACCACUGUGUGACACUACUGUGUACUGCUGUUAUACAAUUGGUAAAAACACAAUCGCCCUGGUUUUGAGUAGUCAUGUAGAAGUUUACAGCUUUGAUUCUGUUCAUGACGAAACUUGGCGACUUAAGUACUUUUUCUUCAUUGAUGAUUUGGAAAGUCGUCCCCCAAAUGAGGCAGAUACAUUUAAGGCGAAGGGCAAUGAACAAGGACAUACAUUCACCACUAACUUCAUCAUCGAAAGUUUCUUUAUAUGCUUCAUAACUAAAGGAACUAAAAGUUUUAAAAUCUGGGAUCUCAGUGUUGGAAAACUAUUAAAAUGGAGGGGUUUUCCAAAAAGACCUGAGAAAAUUGCUUUCAAGGAAGUAAGUUAUAGCAUUAUCGAACCUGAAAAACAAUCAUCACACUUUGUUGCCAAAGUGAGGUAUGACAUGGAAAACAUUUACAGGUAUUAUUUCUACAUUUAUAGCUUGAGAGAAAUGAAGUUCAUUUCUUUUGAAGUUUGCUGCGAAUUCCAGUCUUCAAAUGUCCCUUGUGUUUUAGUCGAUCGGUUUCUUGCCAUAACGAACUACGAAUCAGUUCUCAUAUACAACUACGUCAAACAACAGUUGGUAGUGAAAGUACCAACUAAUCAUAGUGAAAUCAUGGCGGUUGGAUCCAACAUUUUGAUCACUGACAAUGAAUAUAUCUAUGGAAUGUUCAAUUCCAGAACUUUAAAAGUUGAGAUGUUGACAGUAACGAAUGACGAGGAGGUGCCGAUACUUUUCUGUGGAGAACAUUUGUUUGGUGGAUUUUUUUCUACGGCAAAUUCAGUCACGGGCCUAGAAUUUUGGGCAACUGGGAAAUGUUUGAACUCAAAAGAGAUAACAUGUAUCGGUCGUUUUUGCUAUGUUCAAUCUUAUGAUACCAAUAAAUCACACACGAAAAUAAUCCUUAACUCGUACACUCCUAGUUCAAAUCCAUCUUACUUCGAAGUGAUAAGUUUUUGGUAAUCCUGACAGUUAAUUAAUAUAAUAUAAUUAGUUGAUAUAUUUGAUUUGAACGUAAAAUAUUUAAUUACAUACAGUAUUGUGAUAGUAUUAUGACUUGUUUGUAAUAAUACUAAAUAUAUUGUUGUACAAAGAUAUUUUCAUUAUUUUUACACAAAUUUUAAAAACUCAGCUGAUAAUAUUAUUCAUCCACCUCAUUAACUAUGUAUGAACAUUGCUUUAUAAAGUAUUAUUCAUUAAAUAAUAUUUACUUACAUUAACACUUGUGUUAACAAAUUUAUGUUGUUAGCAAACCAAUAGAUAUGCAUAUUCUUA